AUGAGAGAGCUCGUCAACAUUCCACUGGUACAGAUUCUCACCCUGGUUGCCUUCAGCGGGACCGAGAAACUUCCAAAAGCUCCUGUUAUCACCACACCUCUUGAAACUGUGGACGCCUUAGUUGAAGAAGUGGCUACUUUCAUGUGUGCAGUGGAGUCCUACCCUCAGCCUGAGAUUUCUUGGACCAGAAAUAAAAUUCUCAUUAAGCUCUUUGAUACCCGCUACAGCAUCCGAGAGAAUGGUCAGCUCCUCACCAUCCUGAGUGUGGAAGACAGUGACGAUGGCAUCUACUGCUGCAUAGCCAACAACGGUGUGGGAGGAGCUGUGGAGAGUUGUGGCGCCCUGCAAGUGAAGAUGAAACCUAAAAUAACUCGUCCUCCCAUAAAUGUAAAAAUAAUAGAAGGGUUAAAAGCAGUUCUACCGUGUACUACAAUGGGGAACCCCAAGCCAUCUGUAUCCUGGAUCAAGGGAGACAGUGCUCUCAAGGAAAAUUCUCGCAUUGCAGUUCUUGAAUCUGGGAGUUUAAGGAUCCAUAAUGUGCAAAAGGAAGACGCAGGACAGUAUCGGUGUGUGGCAAAAAACAGCCUGGGCACCGCGUAUUCCAAGCUGGUAAAGCUGGAAGUUGAGGAAGAGAGUGAAGCUGAGCAGGACACUAAAGUUUUUGCAAGAAUCCUGCGGGCUCCUGAAUCCCACAAUGUCACCUUUGGCUCCUUUGUAACCCUACGCUGCACAGCAACGGGCAUCCCGGUCCCCACCAUCAGCUGGAUUGAAAAUGGAAACGCUAUUUCUUCUGGGUCCAUUCAAGAGAGUGUGAAAGACCGAGUGAUUGACUCAAGGCUCCAGCUGUUUAUCACCAAGCCAGGACUCUACACAUGCAUAGCUACCAAUAAGCAUGGAGAGAAGUUUAGCACAGCAAAGGCUGCAGCGACUGUCAGCAUAGCAGCUCCUCCAAGAUGGGUACUUUUAUCAUCCCUAUUUUUGUGGACGGAAUGUUGGUUCAUUGCUUCUUUCAGUAAACCACAGAAAGAUAACAAAGGCUACUGCGCCCAGUACCGAGGGGAGGUGUGUGACGCAGUCCUGGCGAAAGAGGCGCUUGUGUUUUUCAACACCUCCUACGAGGACCCUGAGGAGGCUCAAGAGCUACUGGUCCACACCACGUGGAAUGAACUGAAAGCUGUGAGCCCGAUUUGCCGGCCGGCCGCAGAGGCCCUGCUGUGCAACCGUCUCUUCCAAGAGUGCAGCCCGGGAAUCGUGCCCACUCCCAUGCCCAUUUGCAGAGAGUAUUGCUUGGCAGUAAAGGAGCUGUUCUGUGCAAAAGAGUGGCUGGUGAUGGAAGGAAAGAGCCACAGAGGACUCUCCAGAUCUGGGAUGCAUCUCCUCCUGUUGCCAGACUGCAGCAAGCUUCCCAGCAUGCACUGGGACCCCAUGGCCUGCACAAGGCUGCCAUAUUUAGAUUAUAAAAAAGAGAACAUAACAACAUUCCCGUCAAUAACGUCCUCCAAGCCAAGCGUGGACAUUCCAAACUUGUCUUCUUCCUCCUCUUCCUUCGUUGUCUCGCCCACAUACCCGAUGACCGUCAUCAUCUCCAUCAUGUCCAGCUUUGCUGUGUUUGCACUGCUUACCGUCACCACUCUUUACUGCUGUCGAAGAAGAAAAGAAUGGAAAAAUAAGCAACGAGAGUCAGCAGCUGUGACCCUCACCACUUUGCCUUCUGAGCUCCUACUGGACAGGCUCCAUCCCAACCCCAUGUAUCAGAGGAUGCCCCUCCUCCUGAAUCCCAAGUUGCUCAGCCUGGAGUAUCCCAGGAAUAACAUUGAAUAUGUCAGAGACAUCGGAGAGGGAGCAUUUGGAAGGGUCUUUCAAGCAAGGGCUCCAGGCUUACUUCCCUAUGAACCUUUCACCAUGGUGGCAGUGAAGAUGCUCAAAGAAGAGGCCUCAGCGGACAUGCAAGCAGGCUUCCAGAGGGAAGCAGCCCUCAUGGCAGAAUUUGACAACCCAAACAUUGUGAAACUCUUAGGUGUGUGUGCCGUGGGAAAGCCCAUGUGUCUGCUCUUUGAAUACAUGGCCUAUGGUGACCUUAAUGAGUUUCUCCGUAGCAUGUCCCCUCACACCGUGUGCAGCCUCAGCCAUAGCGACCUGUCCAUGAGGGCUCAGGUGUCCAGCCCUGGACCCCCACCCCUCUCUUGUGCAGAACAGCUCUGCAUUGCCAGGCAGGUGGCAGCCGGCAUGGCCUACCUCUCUGAACGCAAGUUUGUCCACCGGGAUCUAGCCACCAGAAACUGUCUGGUAGGCGAGAAUAUGGUGGUGAAAAUUGCAGACUUCGGCCUCUCCAGGAACAUCUACUCGGCAGACUACUACAAAGCUAACGAAAACGACGCCAUCCCCAUCCGAUGGAUGCCUCCGGAAUCCAUAUUCUACAACCGCUAUACCACCGAGUCAGAUGUGUGGGCCUAUGGUGUGGUCCUCUGGGAGAUUUUCUCCUACGGCCUGCAGCCCUACUAUGGGAUGGCUCAUGAGGAGGUCAUCUACUACGUGCGAGAUGGCAACAUCCUCUCCUGCCCUGAGAACUGCCCGUUGGAACUGUAUAAUCUCAUGCGUCUGUGUUGGAGCAAACUGCCUGCGGACAGACCCAGUUUCCCUAGUAUCCACCGAAUUCUAGAACGCAUGUGUGAGAGGGCAGAGGGAAUCGUGGGUGUCUAA